AUGAGGAGACAACGACUCACUGUUGCGGACAAAGGAUGGUCAUGGGUUGUGAUGGUUGGCUCGUUUGGCUCAAGUAUGAUCACCGGAAGUCUCCAUACUGGUGUCGGUGUCAUUCACAACAUUCUCAUGGAACGGUUCGAUGAAAACGUAGUGAAGACGAGUUGGGCAUCUAGUUUGUAUAUUGGGAUGGUAUCACUCACAGGUAUUCUGGCAAGUGUCCUGAUUAACAGGUUCAGCUGCCGUGUAACCAUGUUUAUCGGAGCAUUCCUUAUGUCUGUUGGGUUUAUAAUUUGUGCUUUUGUUCCUUCACUUGAUUUGGUCAUUAUCUUCUUUGGAGUACUUACUGGAAUCGGAUCAGGUUUGGUAUAUUUCGCCGCCUAUGCAGUUCUUGGGUAUAACUUCAGCCACAAAAGGAACAUUGCUAUUGGUAUUGCAGUGUCAGGGGUUGGAAUUGGCAACCUCGUCAUUGUUCCUUUCGUACACGCUGCUCGGGAAGAAUAUGGAAAUACAGGAUUUUUCUUUAUCCUUGCCGGCAUCGCGUUACAGGAGGCAUUGUUCGGAUGUCUGUUCUUCCCGUCAGAACUAGAAACGAAACAAAAAAUCAGAUAUCAAAACAUGAAACGUGAAAACAAUAUGACAGUUUUAAACAGUAUAUUUCAUUCGCUCUCUAUUCUUAAAUGCAAAUCAUUUCUUUGUUUAUGUGUCAGUAUGUUUUUCUCGAGUUCAGGAAUUCAUCUUGUUCACGUGCAUCUUCCCCGUUAUGCAAUAGAAAAGGGAUCAUCGUCUAUGUCGGCAUCUUUUCUAGUUUCUGUUUAUGGAAUAUGCGACUGUAUAUCGCGGUUACUGACAGGAUUUGCCACCCAAGACGAAAAUAUUGACGAAAUUGUGAUUUACUUUGGAACAUUUGGUCUUCUCGGUCUAUCAACUUUGUUCUUCCCAUUGUACGCAUCUACAUAUGGAGGCCAACUCACGUAUUCAGUUUUCUUCGGAUUGUAUUCCGGAUGCUAUACCAGUGUAAUAAACACAUUGACUAUACAUCUUCUCGGGAUAGAGAACUUAUCCGCAGGCCUUGGACUAUACCUGUUCUUUUGUGGUGUUGGCUCAAUCAUUGGACCUGUAACUGCAGGUGCAAUCAUCGACUACACUCGAUCGUAUGAAAACUCUUUCCUAGUUGCUGGAUCUUGCAUCACUGUGGCCUCACUUCUAGGAAUUGCGGUAGAGUGGUUCAGGAAAACAGCAAAACGCUUUCCCACAAACGACACAAAAAUUCCUACCGUGUCAGAAACUGUAACAAUGGAAAACAUGGCGGGAUUUGUCGAUCACUCGAACACAGACGGAAGUAAGGGAUAA